AUGCCAGACCACGCCCUCGAUGGGGCCCACGCGACCACUCCCACGGGUUCGAUGAGGACAUACAAGGCGAGUAGGUCCAUGCAGGCGCUCAACACUGCCCAGCCACGGUCCGAGACCUUCUUCGACGAUGCGACGCCCGUGGAGAGAUCGGCGCGCGACGACGCAGACCAGGACCCGUUGCGCGACUCCCACGACCUCUCCUUUUCCGAGGGCGCCCACCUCCGCCACUCUGUCGUGGACAACAUGCUGCUUUCGCUCGACCAGUUCUCUGCCGACCACAUGUUUAGCGCCAGCUCGGCCACCCAGAACGCGGGCCACGGCGCCGACGACGACUUCUUCCUCAAGGACAGCUCCUACCGCCCGCCGGGCGCCCGCCACCGCGGCCACACAUACACGUCGUCGCGCUCGUCCGACUACGACGUACACAUCGACGACUCGGCCUCGCGAUACACGGCCCGCCGCUCGCGCAGUCGGCGGAGCAACAGCAGCAACAACAUUGGGGGAAGGGGCAGUGCGAGGGAUGCGUACCCCGCAAGACAGGCCAACGGCUUGUACGGGAACUACCAGUCGACGGGCCAUCUGCGAGGGGCUGGGGGCAAGAAGAGCAGCAAGGGCAGCGGCUCCUCGAGCAUGGAUUUUGGACAGGCGGGUGUGCUAGGCAACCAACGGCUCGGCUUUGGCAAGCGGUCGGCGAGCUUCGAUCACGGCAUCUUUGGCGACCGCUCGAGGCACUCGCCCGUCAGGGUCGAAUCCGUCUUGGACAGAGGCAGGGUCGCGUACCAGAACUACCACGACGACCUUGACGCGGCACCUGAGCCCACCAUUCCAGCCGGCCCCCGAACAAUGCGCGAGGUGGUGCCACAGUCGAGUACCACCCUUCCGACCCAGCCAUCCUACGCACCACUGCAAGCACCUCUGCCUCAUCGUAGGGGCAGCGUCAACUCGAACACCAGCUACAGGACCCUGAGAAAGAACAAGAGCGAACUCGAGCCAAGCAUGAGGGCCCAAGCGCAGGAGUUUGUCAACGCCAGUACGUUACGGGAUCUCACAGCUGCGCCAGGGUUCCAGAAUACACCAGCGCCAGCCCCGUCCGUAGCUGCGCGGAAGGCCCUUUUCCAAGCGCAAGCUCCGAUUCCUGCACCGAAAGAAAGGCCGGGGUUCUUCAGACGGGUCUUUGGUGGAGGCGCCUCGAAAGCGCAAUCUCAACCGCAGCUUCCAACCGUCUCAAACGUUUUGAGCUCUCCACCAAUCGAUUCGUCCUCCGCCUCCACCACGCAACGACCUCCAGACAUUGAUUCCAUCUAUUCGCAAGCACGACCGCAAACGACUCCGAACAACGUUAACAACCACAUAGCUACACAGCUGAAACCGCCAUCAAAGACAUCGCAGGCAGCGACAAUGCCAUCGAAGGAUUCGCGUCCACCGGCUGCUCCAGUCUUAGUUAAGAAGCCAUCUUCGUUCUUCAGGCGACGCAAGAAGUCGAUUUCUGAAGGUGCUAGACCACCGAUUAUGGCCCUUGAUUUCACACCACCAGUCAAACCAGUGAUGCCUGCGCAAUCAAGUCCUGGAGUCAGUAGUCUGCGCCAGGUUAUGAACCCGUAUUUGAGUGACGUGAGCACUCCAAGGGAUUUGGUUCAAGACACGCAAGGAAACCAGUCUGGUGAGGACGAAACGAAUGACGAGCACCCCAAAAGCUUCUCACCCAGUUACAAGCCCCUUAGAGAUGGGACGGUGCGCUCGGUGAACCCUAUCCCGCAUGGCAGUGAUCAAACGCAUUCGCUAUCAAGGGUCGAGCAGGUCAAAAAUUCGCACUCAACUGGUACGGACAGCCCCAAGUCGAAGUUGAAGAUGAAGCACGAAAGAUCAGCCCUCGCAAAUUCGCAUGAAGACACAUUCCUUGCCGAUAGUAGUAGUUGUAAUGAGGAUCGUAGUGGUUGCGCGACUCCCACGGGUGAGGGCAGUACCACGGAUGAAGCGCGUAGGCCCAGCACCUGCCCCACAUAUUCGUCAUUCGACCAAACUCAGUCGGAAGAAAAAAGUAAUCAAAGCACACGGUUAUCACCCAAUGAUGCUAACACUAAAGUGCCUUCUGACAGCGGAUCCAUCUCGCAGUCCGCCUCUGAGGCCGAAGAUGAUGGUUGGAUGGUUACUGUGUCGACGAACGAGCGGUCAAUGCUCUACCCGAGCGCGGGCUCAAAACGCGUGUGGUUAGAUACGACAUCGGCGGAAGACAGGGUCGGCUACAAGCCGGAGCAUUUGAGUUUGCCUUUGGAAGGUGCUCACAACUCCCAGCAGUCACUUGACAGACUUUCGCCCAUGUCUCCGGCCUCCGUCUCUCCGACAUCACCUAAUGAUGUGUUUCACUCCGCCACCAGCCUACCAAUCGUCCAAGUCGAAAGCCGAGAAUCGGAUGCAAUGCCUGCCAUCAUCGAAGACCGCUCAAUGCAUCCCGAGCCAACAGACGCAGACAGAGAACGUGCCUCUAAGAUCUUUAGCGGAACCGAUUCCCCGCUUCUGAAGGCUCAGGCAGCUGCCAGUCUUGGCGACGUCACGUUGGCCAGCAUGCGAAUGCGGCAGGCCUUCAUGGACCUGUUCGACUGGAGCGGCUUCAGCAUCCUCAAUGCCAUGCGUGAUCUGUGCGGCAAGAUCGUGCUCAAAGCUGAGACGCAACAGGUUGACCGCAUCCUUAUGAGCCUUUCGGAGCGUUGGUGCGAAUGCAACCCUAAUCACGGCUUCAAAGCAGUUGAUGUCGUGCACACCAUUUGCUAUUCCAUUUUACUGUUGAAUACUGAUCUGCACAUUGCCGAUAUCGAGUCGAGGAUGACGCGUAGCCAGUUUGUCAGGAAUACGCUACCUACCGUUACUCGGGUAUGCCAAGACUCUGUUAAGGCAGCAGGCGAUGAAACACUACGCCCGCAAUCCACACAGUUUAGGAGAGGCUCGAUACCGUGGAUUGAAAAGUCCGAACCGAACUCUCCAAGCGGCGAUAUUACUGUCUUUCCAGCAGAUACGCCUGAAGAACCUUUGGAAAAUAGGAGGGCCCGUAGUCGUCUCUCAGUCAGGCCGCCGAACAGGGGUGGCUCCGAAGGCCUCUUGUCUUUUGACUCUAGCUCGGAGUCUAAUAUGCUCAUCAACUCUCCCUAUAAUGGUAACAUGAAAGGUUGGGAGUUCCAGGUCGAGUGCGUAUUGAAAGAGUUCUACGAAUCAAUCCGCAAACAACGCCUACCUUUACACGGAGCAUCUAACCUUGCUGUUAACGAGCAGACAUCAUCGAACAGCCUAUCAGUCGGUGGCAUGCUGCGGCGCACUCCAAGUGUACUCAGCAAGGCACCCUCCGAUAGCAUGAGCUAUCUUGCGCGGACACAGGGCGAAUUCCGCAGUAUGGGCAACCGCUGGGCUGGCAAGAACAAGUCGAGACAGAGACUAUAUCCAUCAUCAACUGUAGCAUCAAGCCGCACGAGUCUGGAUGACAGCUCCGUCUGGAGUCCGGCUGGGUCAAGUACCUGGAGCCGUUAUUCUUAUGGCAAGGCAGGAACCAUGAUGUCAAUGGACUCACUCGGCACACACUUUGCUCCAGGAGAUUACCAACAGGCUAUCGGCUUCGCCAAUGCUCUCAGCCAGGCCAUCAUUCGCGAAGAAGGUAUGACGAUUGCUAGCGACGAAGAUUUCGCUCGUGUGGCGCCACUAAUGGAGGACGAGACGCUUGAGCUUGUAGGUGCUCCAUGGGCAAAAGAAGGCAUUCUGAAGCACAAGCAUCAUCUGGAGUCUGUUGACAAGAAGGCUAAGGACCGAGCCUGGAACGAAUGCUUUGCUGUUGUUGAGAAGGGGUCUAUGCGUCUGUUCUCGUUCAGCAUGAACUCGAAAUCCGUCCGGAACAAGAGCAAGUUCCGUCCAUCUGCCGGUGGUGUCGUUGGCGGGGGUAACUGGAUGGACAAUGCUGAGGCUCUCGAUACAUUUCCCCUGCGCCAGACCAUUGCCAGUGCUCUGCCACCUCCUGGUUACUCUAAGACGAGGCCACACGUUUGGGCUUUGUCACUUCCAACGGGCGCAGUCCACCUAUUCCAAGUUGGAACUCCCGACAUUGUUCGCGAGUUUGUGUCGACGGCAAACUACUGGUCUGCGAGAUUAUCCAAGGAGCCCCUGACGGGUGGCGUGAGCAGCAUGGAAUAUGGUUGGGGCGAAAAUGUCAUUAACCCAGCAUUGAUACGGCAAGACAGUGCUCCAUCAGUCCAGGGCCACAUGCCUCGUCCCAGUGUGGCGAGUUCGCUCCGCAGUUCGAUGGAUCAUGCCACGGGUGCCCCGAAGCCCAGGCUUCCGGGUGAUAAAGUCAAUCUCUCCGAUUGGAGUCCGCCGACUUCUAGUAUGAUGGCCAGCAAUCUGAUGGAAGUGGAUCAGUUGAGGGCCCUGACCGAUUAUGUCAAGAACAUCGAGGGAGAGUUGUCUCAUCACAACGAGUUGAGAGCGCCGUUGAUGAUAACAUUUUCUCCACGCCAUCCAAACGCAGCUCGGGCUAUGGCCAAUUGGGAACGCAAGUCACAGUAUCUUCUCAGAGAGAUUGUCAAAUUUCGAACGUACAUCGACACCCUCACCAUGGCACAAACACAGAAGCAAAAAAUCUACGCUGAGCGCGAGGCUCUUGAGGAGAAAGAGAAAGAGCUCGAGGCCAACGGUGAUGCGGCCCGGAGCCUGCAUCCGAAUGAAGUUGAUGGUGCGACAGAGGUUCCAGCAACUUCCGAGCCCGUCACAUCCUGA